AUGAGGCUGUCCUGGGCGCUUCUCCUGCUCGCGGCGGCCCUGGCACUGGAGGGGACAGUUGCCGCCCGCUGCCCCACACCCUGUGUCUGCGACAACCUCCGCGCCCACGUCCUCUGCCUCAAUGGGAACCUGAUGGCCAUCCCCAGCACCAUCCCACAGCUCACCAAAAAACUGGACCUUCAGGGCAACAGCUUCACGGUCAUCCCAGUGGGAGCCUUCCUCGCCACCCCAUACCUCACGCACUUGGACCUGCAGCGCUGCAAGGUGGAGAGGCUGGAGGAAGGUGCUUUCCGAGGGCUGGGGAGGCUGGUCUACCUCAACCUGGCCUCCAACAGCAUAGCCCUCCUCUACCAGGAGUCCCUGGAUGGGCUGUCCUCCCUCCAGCAGCUCAUCCUGGAGGGGAACCGCAUCGAGGAGAUCCAGCCGGGUGCUUUUGGCCAUCUGGGGUCCCUCACUGUCCUCGACCUGAGGGCGAACGCCUUGGUUUACCUCCCAGACAUGGUCUUCCAGGGUCUGCAGGUCCUCAGGUGGCUCCGGCUGUCCCACAAUGCCCUCCAUGUGCUGGGCAGCGAGGCCUUCACCGCCCUGCCCGCCCUGCGCAGGCUGAGCCUGGACCACAAUGAGCUGCAGGCACUGCCCAGCGAGACCCUGGCCAGGCUGGACGGGACCACCCGGCUGGACCUGGGCCACAACCCCAUCACCUACGUGGCUGAGGAGGCCCUGGCCAUGGCCUCCCUGAAGCACCAGCAGCCGAGGGCGGCCGGCAGCGGGCAGUGCCCCCAGGGAUGCGCCUGCUCCCCCGAUUUCCGGCACGGGUCCUGUGAGAACAAGGACCUGCGGAAGAUCCCCUGGGGCUUCCCCAGGGACACCCGCCUCCUCAACCUGCGCCAAAAUGCCUUUGGGACGGUGCCGCCGGGCGCCUUCCCUGGCCUGAAGGAGCUGGUGUCCCUCCACCUGCAGAGCUGCAGCAUUGGGGCGCUGCGCCCUGGGGCGCUGCGGGGGCUGGAGAGCCUGGUCUACCUCUACCUCACCGACAACCGCCUCUCCACCUUGGCGGCCACCGCCUUCGAGGGGGCCCCGCAGCUGGCCUACCUCGACCUGGACCGCAACGCCUUCACCCGCCUGCCCGUGGGUGCCUUCCAGCUCCUGCCCAACCUCAUCUCCCUCCACCUGCAGCACAACGCCAUCAGGGAGCUGGCGGAGGGCGACCUGGCUGGGGCCGGGGGGCUGCGCUGGCUCUACCUUGCUGGGAACGCCAUCGGGCACAUCGCCCCCACCGCCCUGGCUCCUGCCAAGAUGCUGGAGAAGCUGCACCUGGAGGGAAACCACCUGGCAGAGGUGCCCACAGCAUCCCUGUGGGGCCUGCCCACCCUGAGCGAGCUGAAGCUGUCCCGAAACCCCAUCAAGCGUGUGGGGGACAGUGCCUUCCUGCCGGUGGCCUCUAGCCUGCAGCACCUCUACCUGGACAACAUGGGCCUGGAGCAGAUUUCCCCCGGUGCCUUCACUGGCCUUGGUCCCAAGAUCAGAAGCCUCUACCUGGAGAGCAACAAAAUGAGCCACAUCCCCGACAUGAGCAACUUCACGGGGCUGGAUAUCCUCAACCUGAGGGAUGUGCCUUUCCACUGCGACUGCCAGCUCCUUCCCCUGCGCAGGUGGAUCGACAAACUCAACCUCCGCAUAGGGGCCACCUGUGGGUCCCCUGCAGAAGCCCGGGGGCUGAAGGUGAAGCUUUCCACCACUUUCCAAACCUGCCCUGGCUGGGGCCGAGGCAAGGCUGGGGGAACCAGUCCUAACAAGACCAAGGCUGCAAGCAAGCCCAACAAGAAAAAGAGAUCAGGAAAAUCGCCAGCCAGAGGCUUCAAGAAGAGCAGAGCUUAG